AUGAAAAUGAUUUUCAAACAAGUUUAUUUAUUUAGUUCACCACUUCUGGCGAUUAUUCAACGAUGUCAGUCAGAUCUUAAAUCAAAAUAUGAAAAUGAUUUUCAAACAAGUUUAAGAGAUUAUACAAAAUGUUUCACUUCAUUGAUAAUUGUUAUUCAACAAAUGCUUGAAUAUGAUAAUAAUAAUCGUUUACCGGAUACAAAAUUACGUGAUCAUGAUAUGGUAAAAGAAAGUUUCGCAUCUGUCAGUAGCGCCAUUGAUACCAUUCGUCAACAAUGUGGACAAUACAUCGUUAGUGAUGUUGAUUUACGUGAUCGUUUACAUAAUGAAGGAAAAUUAUUACUUGUCGAUGUUUAA